GGGUUUUCAUUAAGAGGCGGCCGGCGGCCAAUUUGGCCGCCUAGAACACGUUUUGGGCCGGCUAGAAAUCCCGUAGAUACCAUAAAUGAAUACUUGGAAACUGAUUUGGGGGCUCGAAAAUUUACGAUUCGCUCCUUUCGGUAAUUUUAUGCAUUUCCGCUAAUUGCGGUUCACUUCCUUGGCGGCACGUAAACAUCCAAUAUGGCGACCAAAAAACGAAAAAUUGAUCGCAAAAUCGACGAUUUUUUUAAUUUUCAACCGAAAUCAAUUCAAUCUCAACACGCAUUUAUAUGAUAGCUGGAUUAAAAAGGAUUCCACUCAAGAUGGUCCGCCUAGCAACCAGCUGCACUCCCAGUCAGGAACAGUUACAGUCCUGCCCUCUGUUUGAUGAUAUGGCCAAGAAAACCUCGCAGGUAUCAACUGAGGCUAACUCGGGGAUUUCCACCACCAUAUGCUUCAGUAAAGAUUCCACUCAAGAUGUUCCGCCUAGCAACCAGCUGCAGUCUAAGUCAGCAAACGUUACAGUUAAUAUAGUCAAGAAGUCUUCGCAGGUAUCAAGUGUCCAAACUGAAUCAACCACCAUGUGUUUCAGUAAAGGCUUAACUUCUGAGGAUGAACAUGCUGAUACAGAGCCAUGGACACAUGAAGAGGUCUGCAUAUUACUAACUCAGCUUUUUGGGUCAAAGACUGUGCAUUCAGUUUACUUGUGUUCCUCAAAGUGUUGUGUAAGUUUAAGCAAAAGUGAAACAAGACGAAUUGUCCCUAAAAGAUUUAAUCAUCAAACUUUCAUUACCAAGAAAAAUUGGUGGUUAGUCUAUGUUGAAGGUGAGGGUAUGUACUGUACUGUUUGUAAGAAACAUUGUAUGAAGCACUCACAAAACAAUGCCGAGGUCUUCUCUGCUGAUCCAAGUGUUAGGUUUAAGCACUCCGCCAUAAUAACUCACAAAAACAGCAAAGUGCAUAGAGCAGCCUUAGAAAACGAACUUGUACAAAAAGUGUCAUGCUUUCACCACGAAUUCACUAAAAAGUCUGAACAUGAUUAUAUGUAUCUUCAGAGGGCAUUUUCAGUGGCAUAUUUUUUGAUGAAAAACUUUAUAGCUAAUGCAAAGUUUGAACCUCUGUUGAAGUUUAUUGAAAACACUUGUGGUGACGACACUUUGAAGUAUUUCCAUCACAGCUCAGGAGGUUCAAGGCAAGAAAUUUUUAUGACAAUUGGAGAGACUGUUAUGUCAAAUGUUGUAGAUGAUGUGAAAAAUGCGGAGACUUUUGGAAUUCUUACAGAUGAAGUAGCAGACAUUUCUGUCACUGAAAAUCUAGUCACAUUCAUCCAGUAUUACUCUAAAUCUAGUAAACAAGUGGAAACAAAAUUCUUGUCCUGUCAAAAUAUUUUAGAAAAAUUUCAAAGUGCAAAUGCCAUGGCAAUUAAAUCACUGUUAGUCUCGGAUAUUUCAGAAAAGGGUCUAGAUAUCAAGAAACUCACUGGCUUUUCAUCUGAUGGAGCAUCUGUGAUGAUGGGAAAGGACAAUGGAGUUGCUGCUUUGCUCAGGUCAGAGAACCCAUCAAUGAUAAACAUACACUGUGUUUGUCAUAGACUGGCACUUGCAUGCACUGAUUCAAAUGAAUCUUUGACAUAUAUUAAAACUGUUGAAAUUUUGCUUAGGCAACUGUGGCAAUUCUUUGAGAACUCUCCAAAGCAAAUGGCUGCAUACAUUAAAAUGCAAACGGUUCUGAAGUCAAUUUAUCUUGACAAACAAGGAACCAAAACAGUGACAAGGAGACUUAAGAAAGCUUGCCGCACAAGAUGGUUGAGCCUUGAUGCUUCAGUCACUGCUGUGAAAAAGGACUUUGAGCCAAUCUUGCAAACAUUGGCCAUGAUCCAGGAAACCCAGGCUACUGCCCAUGGUCUCUUGAGGAAAAUGAAAAACCUCAAGUUUUACGGAACCAUAUACGUUCUCAGUGAUAUUCUUCCCAUCUUGUCUGAACUUUCACGACACUUUCAGAAGGGCUCUUUAAACUUUGCUGCAAUAUUGCCAGCACUGAGCUUAUGUAAAAUGAAACUAAAAGAACUGAAAGAGACAAACAGCCCAUUGCAGAACUUAUCACAGGAUAUUGAUUCGUUCACGGAAAUGAGUUCUGAAAUCAAGUUCAAUCAAAAGGAGGCCAAGGAGCUUGAAAAUCUUCUACACAGGUAUAUUGACACUUUAAUUAUCAAUUUAGAAAAGAGAUUCUCUGAAAACUCAGCAAUUUUAGAAGCACUAAGCAUUUUUGAUCCUACUACUGUACCAAAAUCAACAGAACCCGGUUUUAAGAAUUAUGGUGUGAAUCAUGUAACAGUUCUUGCUGACCACUUCUUCACAGAAGCCAGAGAUAAAGACAAACUUCAAACUCAGUGGGCAGGCUUCAAGUUCCACAUUUGUGACAUUCUACUCCCAGGCAUGCCAGAGGAUCUAGGUAAAAUGACUCCAACUGAAUGGUUAUUGUUACAACUUCUUAGAAGCUCUGGGUUAAGACAUUUCAAUCCCCAACUUGUUUAUUUGGCAGAAGUUGCAGCAUCUUUACCAGUAACAAAUGCUUGGCCUGAAAGGGGUGCAAGUGUCCUCAAAAUCAUAAAAACCAAACAACGAAACAGACUUGGUGUUUCCAUGAUGGAGACUCUCAUGCAUGUUGGAAUCAAUGGACCCCCAGUUGAACAGAGCGAGGAAGUAAUCAAGACAUCUGUUUCUAACUGGCUGAAAACCAAGACUAGAAGAAAGGUUAAACCAAUGAAGCAAACAUUAAUAUCAUCUGGAUCACCUGCCAGCACUUCUAUCAUGGUCGAGGAUGCAGCAGUUCAGACAGAUCAAGUAAUGGUGUCCAGGGACGAGAUUAAGACAGUAAUAAAAGAAAUGAUGCUUGAAGAUUGUGCCUCCAACUCUGAAAGUGAAAGUGAUGAUGUUUGUCUAUGAGAAGGGAUUAUGAAAAUGAUGGUGUCUGACAUUGAAAAAUGAUGAUGCUUGAAUAUGAAAAAUUAUGAUGUUUGACUAUGAUAAAUUAUGAUGAUUGACUGAUAAUUUGAAGUGAUGAUGUUUGACUAUUUAAAGUGAUGAUGUUUGACUAUUUGAAGUGAUGAUGUUUGACUGUUUGAAGUGAUGAUGUUUGACUAUUUGAAGUGAUAAUGUUUGACUGAUUGAAGUGAUGAUGUUUGACUGUUUGAAGUGAUAAUGUUUGACUAUUUGAAGUGAUGAUGUUUGACUAUUUGAAGUGAUAAUGUUUGACUAUUUGAAGUGAUGAUGUUUGACUAUUUGAAGUGAUAUGACUAUUUGAAGUGAUGAUGUUUGACUAUUUGAAGUGAUGAUGUUUGACUAUUUGAAGUGAUAAUGUUUGACUGUUUGAAGUGAUAAUGUUUGAGUAUUUGAAGUGAUGAUGAUUGACUAUUUGAAGUGAUGAUGUUUGACUAUUUGAAGUGAUGAUGAUUGACUAUUUGAAGUGAUGAUGUUUGACUAUUUGAAUUGAUGAUGUCGACUAUUUGAAUUGAUGAUGUUUGACUAUGAAAUUUGAUGAUGUUUCACUAUGAAAUUUGAUGAUGUGUGACUAUGAAAAAUGAUAAUGUUUUGUUUAUUUAAAUUGAUGAUGUCUUGCUGUGAAAUUUGAUGAUGUUUUACUAUGAAAUUUGAUGAUUUUUGACUAUGAAAUUUGAUGAUGUUUAACUAUGACAUUUGAUUAAGUUUGACUAUGAAAAUUGAUGAUGUUUUGUUAAAUUGAUAAUGUUUUCCUAUGAAAUUUGAUGAAGUUUGGCUAUGAAAUUGGAUAUGUUUUACUAUGUAAAAUGAUGAUGUUUUACUAUGAAAAUUGAUAAUGUUUUGCUUUGAAAAUUGAUGAUACUUUGCUUUAAAGAUUUAUGAUGAAAAAUUAUGAUGCUUUACUAUUUGAAGUGAUGAUGCUUUACUAUUUGAAGUGAUGAUGCUUUACUAUUUGAAGUGAUGAUGUUUGACUAUGAAAUUUGAUGAUAUUUAACAAUAUGAAGUUUGAAAUGAUGAUGCUUGACUUUGAACAAUGUUAAAAUGUGAUCAUGUGAGAGUAUGUAAAAUGAUGAUUGUUGGCUAUGAAAAGUGUUUAUGUUUGGCUUUGAAAAUUGAUGAUGUUGAUUAUAAAUAAUGAUGAUCAAGUAUAUCUUGGCUUGUUGUUUAUUAACUUUCUACAGUUAUAAUUUGCAAAUAGGUGUGACGGUUUAGCUCAAAUGAAAAAAAUUAUUGUUAAACGCUGUGUAUCAAAAGUGAGUGACACAACUAACAAUUAUGAAGUGCAUAUUUCAGUGCACCUGUUUCAAGCUGUUCCAGUAGUUUCCAUAGUGUUUUUUUUCAAAAAAUGAUGCUAAACCAGAGUGGCUAAAGUAGCCCUGAAAGUGCUCAGAAUGCAGGAUUUUGCUUCCUGGAUUUCAAAAUUUUCCGGGGGGGCAUGCCCCCGGACCCCCCUAUCAGGCCUCCUUCGAUCACAUUCUGGCCUCUUACACAAAAUCUUAAUGAAA